AUGGCCAUUGGGGCGAUGGUCAAGGUUGCUCCUGGGCAUGUCAGUAGUGCUUUGCCUCAGAUAUGUGCCUGUCUACGAUCUGCCUUGGAGAUUGAAGAGCUCUGUAAUAAUGCUUUCACGGUAUGGGGAGUAUUGGUAAGCUCUUUACACGAGGAAGAGGUCGAGCCGCUGCUCGAUCAAACAUUGUCCAUUGUCAUAAAGCAUUGGGACACAUUUACCCAGGAGACCAGAAAACUUGCUCACGAACUCGUCGAACACAUUUUGGGGUCUCACAACGAACUGCUGCGGGAUAUAUUUGGCACAAUGCCAUCGCUGGCAUCGAUCCCUGUCCUUGCCAAGUUUGAAGACAAAAUCAACGAGAUGAAGGAGACGAUGGAUGUUCGAAGUCACUUCCUUGCCUUUUCUCGACGGUGCUUGAGCGAAAACACGACUGUUGUCGAACAAGCCCUAACGGAGCUCGUUUCCUACCUCUCUAGACACGAGGAGUUCGUUCAUAGAUCUGUUCUCAGCGAGCAGCCUGAUCCAGCUGUGGCACACUUGGUUCGGUCCCUGCUUGACUGUACUGUGAAAUUCAACACCACCUCCGAGUCCAUCACCCUUCUCACGGCUCGCUGCCUAGGUCAUGUCGGUUGCUUAGAUCCGAACCGAGUGGAUUCGGUCAAAGAGAAGAAAGAGAUCCUCGUCCUGUCAAACUUCGAGAAAAUGGAGGAAACUUUUGAAUUCGUGCUUUUCUUUCUCCAGAAUGUGCUCGUCGAUGCGUUCUUGUCUGCUUCCAACACUAGGGCUCAGGGGUUCCUUGCGUAUGCAAUGCAGAAUCUACUGCGAUUCUGCAGCCUGAACUCCGCAGUUACCCAGCGCUCUCGCGGUGUCCAAUCCGAUGAAAAAUACCAGCGCUGGCUGGAAUUGCCUGAGGCUGUGCGCAAUACGCUAACACCUUUUUUGACAUCAAAAUACACAGUCACCGUCGGUGCGGUCAGCUCAAGAUUUGCUACAGAGUGGAAACGGAGACAACGCAAAGUCCGUAUUCAGCGUCUGCAGUCGCAUCAUCAAGGGGCAGGAUAUUUCGAUAGCUUCGUUUCUUCUUCCAUUCGCUGUCUUGAACCGCGUGGUAGGGGGCACUCAGGGUGA